CUCUUUCCUCUCCUGACUAAGUUUCUCUGGCUUCCCUGAGGCUGCAGCUGUUAAUCUGGGGGGCCUGGGCCCUGAGCCGGCAGCAGAAAUAUGAGGAUCCAGAGCCUCCUCCUUCUGGGGACCCUCCUGGCUGUGGGGAGUCAGCUGCCUGCUGUCUUUGGCAGGAAGAAGGGAGGGAAAUCGGGGGGCUGCCCGCCAGAUGAUGGGCCCUGCCUCCUAUCGGUACCCGACCAGUGCGUGGAAGACAGCCAGUGUCCCUUGACCAGGAAGUGCUGCUACAGAGCUUGCUUCCGCCAGUGCGUCCCCAGGGUCUCUGUGAAGCUGGGCAGCUGCCCCAAGGACCAACUGCGCUGCCUCAGCCCCAUGAACCACCUUUGUCACAAGGACUCAGACUGCUCAGGCAAAAAGCGAUGUUGCCACAGCGCCUGCGGCCGGGAUUGCCGAGAUCCUGCCAGAGGCUAAUUCUGAUUUAGGAUCUGUGGCUCUGCAACCUAAGCUGGGGACCAGCGGAAAGAGUUCACGAUGGGAGGCCUGGGGCCCUGCCCGCUGGACAGCACUAUCUCUACCAGUGGUGGUUCCAGCCUUCUGAUAAACACUGGCCUCUUCCCUGCAACCCAUCCACCCCUGGUUUCUCCUCCUGGGAGUCAAAGUCCAUAGCCUGAGCUCGGAGGAAGCCCUCUGUAUCAACCCAGUACCCUGCACCACUGCCAUACGAGCUUCCCACCCUUCCUAACACUUUCACACCAAUCCGUACAUGCUGCUUCCUCCACCAAAAAUGCCCAAUUCCGGCAGACCCUGACCUCUCCCUCAGGCAGCCCAACCAUCCAGAAUGAAUAUUCUAGCAGAGUUUUCCAAACAUCAUUCGCCUCUUUCAUGAUUUUCACCAUACCUACAAAACAGCACCAUGAUAGGUUGCAUGGUGCCUGUACCACCAUUUACUUAAUGUUUUCUUUAAAUGACUCACUUUUGUAUCUAAAUUCAUUUCAAAA